CGCGACAAUAACAGAAUCAGUCAGACGGACUAGCAGCUAGCGACCUCAGCAGGACGGUUGUACGAAUCUAGUUAGUUGUAGAAAGUUAAAAGCUACCCGGCAUAAGAAACGAAUACCGAAAGACGUUAUCGAUGGAUAACCGGGGGGAUCUGACCAGCGGGCAGAACGCCGCCGCCCUGGUCAUGUUGGCCUUCCUUCAAGCUGACUGCAGAACUUCAGAAUACGGGAAGGAGCUUCUCUCCCUGGGCAAGGAUUUAAAUCUUACCCGGGACAUCGACGAUCGGGACGAGGACCUUGAAACUGAUGGCCACCUACCUAGUCGCUUCACAGCUGCUCUGGAUGAUAUUCAGCCUUCAGUGGAGCUGCAGUGGCCUAGGAACCGUGUAGAGGCAGCCAACCUCCAGCAGAUCGCAGAAGGGCUGAGAGAAAUUGCAGACCAGCUGGAACACGUUGUUGUUGUUGCUCAGGCUACCCAGAACCUGAGGAGGAACCUAACCAACUCCCCCUCUGACCAGUGGAAAGACCACCUCACCCAGGAGGUGAGGAAGGCGAUGAGGCACGGCAUUGGUCUGGAGCAUCUACCUCAAGAGCGAGUCAUGAUGGCCCUCACGCUCACCCUGGUGAAGGGGGUGUGCGAGCAGGCCCCUCGGCUGCUGAGAAAACUCUUCCACACCGCGCUGCAGUACAUCAACCCCGCGAGGGCCAGGUGACUCGCGAGCUGCAGGCCUGAGAGGAAGUAACUGAGAAACGGCUGGAGGAAGACGGCUGAAGCCGAAACUGGCACCUGCUCCUCAUGACCAGUCGACUGUGAAAGGAGCUGCGUUUAGUUGUAAAAAAAAAAAAAAAAAAAAAACUUUUCACAUGAAAGAAAAGAGACGAUGAAUUUGUUUACAGUUAUAUUUUGGAAACAGGUUGAGUCUGACACUUGAAUUUUGACAUUACUUUGUGCUCUGUUUAUUCUUGCUUAAAAAUGUAGCUUUUGAUUUUGUACUUUAAAAAAAAGAUUUUUGUAUUCAAUUAUUUUGUUUUUGGAAUACACGGUGUCAUUUGAUUAAAUAUAUUUUCCUGG